AUCUCUCUCUGAAACACGAACGCAGUUCACAAUGGAGAGCUUUGCCCUCCACUCUCUCUCAACCACCACUUCCUCCUUCUCUCUUACCUCUCGCUCCUCCCUUUUCCACCAUCCAUCUCCCAAACCCAUCUUCAAAUCCCCACCCUCCAUUUCCCCGUCUCCCGCCCUCCGAUCACUCUCCAUUCCCCUUCUCUUCACUUCCCUCUCCAAAUCCCACAACCGCAAUUCUUUAUCACACUUCACGCUCCACUCCUCUCAAAAUGACACGUCGUCUACUCUCCCCGCAACUCAAACGACACCCCCAUCUCCGCCACAAGGAGCAAAGAUCCUCCCUUUAAUUAUCUCAAUUUCAAUCGGUCUCAUUGUUCGUUUUGUAAUCCCCAAGCCGGUUGAAGUCAGCCCACAGGGCUGGCAACUCCUCUCAAUCUUUGUCUCCACAAUCGCGGGCCUUGUUUUGAGCCCGUUACCGGUAGGUGCGUGGGCGUUUCUGGGAUUAACGACGUCGAUAGUGACCAAAACGCUGACGUUUUCGACGGCAUUCAGUGCUUUCACCAAUGAGGUUAUAUGGUUGAUCGUGAUUUCGUUCUUUUUCGCACGUGGGUUUGUGAAGACGGGGUUGGGGGAUAGAAUAGCGACGUAUUUUGUGAAGUGGUUGGGGAAGAGUACAUUGGGAUUGUCGUAUGGACUGACUUUUAGUGAGGCGCUUAUUGCUCCGGCUAUGCCCAGUACAACAGCGAGAGCUGGGGGUGUUUUCUUGCCCAUUAUUAAGUCAUUGUCGUUGUCAGCUGGAAGUAAGCCCGGGGAUUCCUCUUCAAGGAAGCUCGGCUCCUAUCUUGUUCAGUCUCAGUUUCAGUCUGCUGGAAACUCUAGUGCUCUAUUCCUGACUGCUGCUGCUCAAAAUUUGCUGUGCCUCAAAUUGGCUGAGGAAAUUGGAGUGAUAAUUUCAAGUCCUUGGGUGUUUUGGUUUAAGGCUGCUAGUUUACCUGCUAUUGUUUGUCUUUUAGCCACUCCACUUGUCUUAUACAACCUCUAUCCUCCUGAAAUCAAAGACACACCAGAGGCCCCUGCUAUAGCUGCAAAGAAGCUGGAAAGUAUGGGCCCUGUCACAAGAAAUGAAUGGAUCAUGGUGGGGACAAUGCUUCUUGCAGUUUCUUUGUGGGUCGGUGGAGAUGCUCUAGGUAUACAAAGUGUUGUAGCUGCAAUGAUUGGUCUAUCAAUACUCCUUUUAUUGGGAGUCCUUAAUUGGGAUGAUUGCCUAAGUGAGAAAUCAGCAUGGGAUACCUUGGCCUGGUUUGCUGUUUUGGUAGGUAUGGCCAGCCAAUUGACGAAUCUCGGUGUAGUAACCUGGAUGUCUGACUGCGUGGCCAAGUGUCUUCAGUCUUUCUCUUUGAGCUGGCCAACUGCAUUUGGCGUACUUCAAGCAUCUUACUUUUUAAUCCACUACAUGUUUGCAAGUCAAACUGGUCAUGUGGGAGCAUUAUAUUCUGCAUUUCUCGCCAUGCACUUGGCAGCAGGUGUGCCAGGUGUGUUAGCAGCACUGGCUUUGGCUUAUAAUACAAAUCUUUUUGGUGCUUUAACGCAUUAUAGUAGUGGACAAGCUGCUGUGUACUAUGGAGCUGGUUACGUAGAUCUUCCUGACGUAUUCAAGAUGGGUUUCGUUAUGGCUGUCAUCAAUGCUCUCAUCUGGGGAGUAGUUGGAACUUGCUGGUGGAAAUUUUUGGGACUCUAUUAAUUCUGAACUACUU